GACCUCCGCGAGCGCAGAGAUAAAAGGAAGGCAAUUCUAUCCGGUACGCCGGCACAAACCGCACCACUCGUGCACCACACUUCCACCAGCCAUCUCCAGUCCUCGCUGUCGCUGCCUACAGGAAGAAGAGCACACGCGCUCGCUCGCUCGCUCGCAGCCCAACGCUCCUGCUUGCUUCCCGCGUCGCUGCCGUCGGCUGAGCGGCCCCCCACGAGGGACGAGGGUGGAGGAGAGGCGUCGCCGGACGGAGCUGCGCUGCGAGGUGUUUGUAGGAUUGCGUGCGUAGGCGAGCUUUCGAAGCUUGGGCACCAUGGCCACCGGGAUGGCACCAGCUCCGCUCUCGCACGUCAAGGUCCGCGGCGGAGGCAUCGGCUUUACCAAGAGCGUCGACUUCGCCAAGGUCCUCUCCGUCCCGGGUGCGCUGAGGACGGGGUCCUCCAGAGGCAGGGCCCUCGUGGUGAGGAGCUCAAGUACAGAGUCUGAUACUAUGGAGCUCGAGCCGGCCUCCGAAGGAAGCCCGCUUCUUGUUCCCAGGCAGAAGUACUGCGAAUCUAUUCACCAAACAAGGAGGAGAAAAACACGCACUGUGAUGGUCGGGAACGUGGCACUUGGCAGUGAUCACCCCAUAAGGAUACAGACUAUGACUACCUCAGAUACCAAGGAUGUUGCCAAGACCGUGGAAGAGGUGAUGAGGAUAGCAGAUAAAGGCGCUGAUUUUGUUAGAAUAACCGUCCAGGGUAAAAAGGAGGCUGAUGCCUGCUUUGAGAUUAAGAACACUCUUGUCCAGAAGAAUUACAACAUCCCUCUUGUGGCCGAUAUUCAUUUUGCGCCCCCAGUAGCUUUAAGAGUGGCCGAAUGCUUUGACAAAAUCCGUGUUAACCCAGGAAACUUCGCCGAUCGCCGUGCCCAAUUUGAGAAGCUGGAAUAUACUGAAGACGAUUACGAAAAGGAGCUUGAACAUAUUGAGAAGGUCUUUUCUCCAUUGGUUGAGAAAUGCAAGAAGUAUGGAAGAGCCAUGCGUAUUGGAACAAAUCAUGGUAGUCUUUCUGACCGGAUAAUGAGCUACUAUGGUGAUUCUCCAAGGGGAAUGGUUGAGUCUGCUUUGGAAUUUGCUAGGAUCUGUCGGAAUUUGGACUUCCAUAACUUUGUAUUUUCAAUGAAAGCAAGUAACCCUGUUGUCAUGGUCCAAGCAUAUCGCCUGCUUGUGGCGGAAAUGUAUAACCUUGGAUGGGAUUAUCCUUUGCACUUGGGAGUUACCGAAGCUGGUGAGGGUGAAGAUGGGAGGAUGAAGUCUGCUAUUGGCAUCGGAACACUUUUGAUGGAUGGCUUGGGUGAUACAAUCCGUGUAUCCCUCACAGAACCACCAGAGGAAGAAAUUGAUCCUUGCAGGAGACUCGCAAAUCUUGGAACUCAGGCUGCAAACCUACAAAUAGGGGUGGCCCCAUUUGAAGAAAAACAUAGGCGUUAUUUUGAUUUCCAGCGUAGAAGUGGCCAGUUGCCUUUGCAGAAGGAGGGUGAGGCAGUAGAUUACAGAGGUGUCCUUCAUCGUGAUGGCUCUGUUCUGAUGUCAGUUUCCUUAGAUCAGUUGAAGGCUCCUGAGCUCCUUUAUAGGUCUCUUGCUGCGAAGCUUGUGGUUGGCAUGCCUUUCAAGGAUUUGGCAACUGUAGAUUCAAUUCUUUUGAGAGAACUGCCCCCUGUAGAAGAUGCUGAAGCAAGACUUGCACUCAAAAGAUUAGUUGACAUCAGCAUGGGCGUGUUGACUCCCUUAUCAGAGCAAUUAACAAAGCCACUCCCACAUGCAAUUGUGCUUGUCACCCUCGAUGAACUAUCAAGUGAUGCAAAGAAGCUUUUGCCAGAAGGCACUAGAUUUGCUGUCACUCUUUGUGGAGAUGAAUCAUAUGAGCAGCUAGAUGUUCUUAAGAGUGUUGAUAAUAUAACGAUGUUGUUACAUAAUGUUCCAUAUGGUGAAGAGAAGACUGGUAGAGUACAUGCUGCUAGGAGGCUGUUUGAGUACUUAGAGACCAGUGGUUUGAACUUUCCUGUGAUCCAUCACAUUGAUUUCCCUAAAAGCAUCGAUAGAGAUGGUCUUGUUAUUGGUGCUGGGAGCAAUGUUGGUGCUCUUCUAGUUGAUGGUCUGGGUGAUGGUGUACUUCUUGAAGCUGGUAACCAGGAGUUUGAAUUCUUGAGGGAUACAUCCUUCAACUUGCUACAGGGUUGCCGGAUGCGCAACACAAAAACUGAAUAUGUCUCUUGUCCUUCUUGUGGGCGAACGCUCUUCGACCUCCAAGAAAUCAGUGCUCAGAUUAGAGAGAAGACCUCUCAUUUGCCUGGCGUCUCUAUUGCUAUUAUGGGUUGCAUUGUUAAUGGGCCAGGAGAGAUGGCUGAUGCCGACUUUGGAUAUGUUGGAGGUGCCCCUGGAAAGAUCGACCUUUAUGUUGGGAAGGUAACAGUCCAACACGUUCAUAUUGAAUCAUACCGGAUGGAUAUUUUGCUACAAUUGUGAUAAAUUCAAAUUUGU